AUGAGGAUCCUUGUCGUACCGACUACAAUCAUUCUGUACUAUAUCGGGUUGGUAGCAUGCCAGCAGCAAGUUCUCAGAGAGACGCCUAUUCUUCGCAAUGCCAGUUUAAGUGAUGCGGAUGACAUAGCUAGCGUCAUCAUUGCCGCCUUCUCUCCAACACCGCCCUGGCAGUACAUAUAUUCGUUUGCCAAAAGGCACCCCAAGGAACACCAUCGGUGCAUACGAUCUGGUAUUGUGCGGGGCUUCAGUGAUCCAUCGUACCAUGCACAAGUCAUCGAGGCGCCAGAGGAGAGUAACCUAACGGUAGCAGCUGUGGCGAUCUGGCAGCAGAAGCCAUCGCAAAACGACAUGUUCCUGCACGGAAUUCUACGUAGGUGGGGUGCAUCGGAACAAAGGCAGACGUGCGCUGACUGCAAUAAAGGACAAUGCGAGCACAGAGAUUUGAACGUAACUCGGGCUCUCGACCUGGAGCGCAAGUCCAUUGUCGCCACGCGGAAAUACGUCGAUGAGCCUUUUGGGCCUGACCAGUUGUACCUCAACACGUUGUGCGCGCAUCCCGAUUUCCAGCUACAGGGGGCUGGAACGAGAUUGGUGAAGAGCGGGAUCGAGGCUGGCAGGAGGAAAAAUGUUAAUGUCACUUUGAUUGCUCUGCCCACUUCGGAAAGCUUCUACGUGCAUGUCGGGUUCGACUCGAUGCAGAACUUCACCAUCGCGACGGUGGAUGAAGAUGGACUUUUCCGGUAUAAUGUCAUGGCGUACAAUUUCACGAGGUAG